AUGCCCAGCCCAACCCUCCUCAGCCGCCCAAUCCACCACACAGGCUACGGCCUCAUGGGCCUAACAUGGACACCCACGCCCCCAGAAAUCCCCAUCGCUAUCGCAGCCAUGAAAGCCGCCGUCGACAACGGCGCGAACUUCUGGAACGGCGGCAUAAUCUACGGCUCACCCACCUACAACUCCCUCCACCUCCUGCGCGCCUACUUCGACAAGUACCCCGGCGACGCAGCCAAAAUCAUAGUUCGGAGGCCUUCAUCACGCAAGAAAUCGACACCGCUCUCCAUCCUCGGCGGCACGAAGAGCAUCGACAUCUACGAAACCGCCCGCGUGGACCCGACCCUCCCCAUCGAAACCGUCAUGUCGACGCUCACGCCCCUCAAGAAGUCCGGCAAAAUCGGCGGCAUAGGCCUCAGCGAGUGCUCCGCCGCGACAAUCAACCGCGCCGCCAAAGUCGGACAGAUCGAUGUCGUCGAAGUCGAAGCGAGUCUCUGGUCGACGGAGAUCUUCACCAACGGCGUCGCAGCCGCCUGCGCACAACACGGGAUCAUUGUGGCGGCGUAUUCUCCCCUAGGGAAAGGCUUUCUGACGGGCAAAGUCGUUGCGCCGAGUGAGUUUGAGGAAGGCGAUCAUCGGAAGCACAUGCCGCGCUUUCAGCCGGGGGUGAAGGGGCUUGCGGAGAGGAAGGGCGUGCAGCCGAGUCAGUUGGCGUUGGCGUGGGUGCGGGCGCAGGGGCGGAAGGGGGAUAAUCCGGUCAUGGUGCCGAUUCCGGGGAGUACGUCGGUGGAGAGGAUUCGGGAGAAUUUGGCGGCGGUGGAGUUGACGGAUGGGGAGGUGGAGGAGUUGGAUGCGCUGGUGAAGGAGCAUACGAUCACGGGCGGGAGGUACCCUGAGCAGUUUGCGAAGCUGUGUUUUGGGGACAGUGUGACGUUGGAGGAGUGGAAUAAGAAGGGAUGA